AUGGUAUUCGGAAUCAAGGCAACCGUCAAACGCAACAACAACCUCAAGUGGCAGCAUGUGCCCGCGGACUCGCUGAAGCUCGCAGGGCUCAGGGCCCUGAUCAUCGGCGGGACCGGCGGCAUCGGCCAGGGCAUCAGCCGGCGCCUGCACGCGCAAGGCGCAAGCGUGACCGUCGUGGGCCGGACGUACCGCGACGACGACAUCGCGGACAUACAGUUCAUAGAAGCGGACCUGGAGCUCAUGUCGGAGGCCAGCCGCGUGGGCCGCGAGCUCGCGGGGCAGCCCUUCGACCUGGUGCUGCUGACCGCGGGCAUCGUGGCAGGCAUGUCACGUGAGGAGACCGUGGAGGGCAUUGAGCGCGACAUGGCCGUGAGCUUCCUCAGCCGACUCGUCAUCCUGCGCGCCAUCCUGCCCGCGCUGGAGAGCGUGGACACGCACAUCGUGGCCCAGCCCCGCGUCUUCGUGAUGGGCUACCCGGGCGCGGGCGUGCUGGGCGACCCGGAGGACCUGAACUCGGACCGCACCUACAGCCCGGUCCGCGCCCACAUGAACACGGUCGCGUGCAACGAGGCCCUGGUGCUCGACUGCGCGCGCCGCUACCCGUGUGUGCGCUUCUACGGCCUCAACCCGGGCCUGAUCAGGACCAACAUCCGCGACAACCUGCUGGCCGCGGGCAGCUGGAAGUCGCGUCUCGUCGAGGGCUUCAUCGGCUACUGGUACCAGAGCGUGGACGAGUACGCGCAGCGCACGGCGCCGCUGCUGGUCACCCCGGCCCUGGAAAGCCAUAGCCCGGCCUUCUUCAACGGCAAGGGCCAGGCCAUCUACUCUCAGGGCUUCACCAACGAGCACGUGACGUGGCUCAUUAAAAGCUCUGAGACCCUUGCACGCCGCGCCGGCGUUGCUCUGUAA